UGCAGGGUUGCUUUUGUCAGUAACGAUAACACAUAGUCUUUGCUGCUGGUGCCAAUUUAUAAGUAAUUUUUCAAUUAAAUUAACAGAAAACCUGACAAAAACAUUGUUAAAAUGUCGGCCAAGCAAAACUCAAAGAAAUCUAAGUGGGCCCUGGACUUCAAUGUUAGCAAAAAUGCAGAUAUGCCCUCGCCGCCUGGAUAUAAUCCCACGGCUCUAGUCAAUCAAACUGAAGUCGUACGUGAUCAACGUUUGGUAAUUAAGAAAUCAUGGGAUUUGGCAUUGGGACCACUGAAACAGAUACCUAUGAACCUGUUCAUUAUGUAUAUGUCCGGCAACUCGAUAUCCAUUUUCCCGAUCAUGAUGGUGGGCAUGAUGUUGAUACGUCCGAUUAAGGCAAUGUUUACCACACAAGUGACUUCCAAAAUGGCCGAGGGUGCACAGGGCACCGGUCAGCGCAUAAUCUAUAUACUGGGAAAUCUGGCGAACGUAGCGCUCGCUCUGUAUAAAUGUCAUAGCAUGGGCCUGCUACCCACCCACGCCUCCGACUGGCUGGCCUUUGUGCAGCCCCAAACGCGUUUAGAGUAUUAUGGAGGAGGUGUUUCAUUUAUUUAGAUUGUAACUUUAAACGUAUCCUUUAUUUGAGUCAUAGAUAAAUUUGUUUAACACAUAACAAAAAUGUAACUAAAUAUAUAUAUUGUCUUUCGUCUCGUCCGUCUCAAUCAUCCAAAAUCUUUUUGGCCUCCUUUUUGAUAUCAUGCACUAUCUGUUCGGUUGGCGAUCUGCGAAGAGUAAACAAAAAACAGAAUUUGAUAGAGUAUGUAUUUAAAAUUGCGGUCAAUUUAUUCAUAACUUAUAUUUAACAAUUAAAUGGUUAAUUUUGUUAUUUCGGAACCGGCAUUCAAUUGCAGUUUUUUGAGUAUUAUUUUGCUCCCACAUUUUGUUUUGAGAAAUCCAAAAUGUGUCUUUGUUAUUUGCUCGACAUUUGAAAGUCAGAUACACUGCUGUAUUGGAAAUUUGUAUUUGCGUUCGCGGAACAAAGCUAUAUUUUGAUUGUUAAUAAAACUGCUUGGGUUUAAAAGGCUACGUAUCCGUAGUUGAGUUUUUACUUUUUGCCCUCGAUGAGUUCGCGGAUUUUUUUGUUCAUUUUUUCAACCAGCUUGGGGGGAUCAUCUACGCGAGGCACCUGUGGAAGGAAGUGGAUUAAAUAGAGCUUCAAAUUUUCAUUUCUUUUAAGAGAGCAUACUUCGUAAUUCUGCGAUACGUAGAUACCUGUGUAAACUCCGGCCCCAAAGGUGAGC